GCAUCAAGUGAUUUUCUCUGGAAGAGUACAUGCAGCUGUCGACGGUUGUGAAAGGGCAUUCCGGGUGUUAAACUGUAACUGGAGUCCCCGGUGCGAGGUCAGUGUGUAUAAUAUUGGUGUCUCCCUAGUGUGUGGCAUCCUAGGCAGAGGUUGCGAGAGAGCAAGACAGUAAACCAGAAGACCAACCAACAGAGCAGGAAAGAGAGAGGGAAAGACUGCACGAUUGAGUAAAAGAGGAAGAGGGAUAGCUCCACCCAUCGAGCAAAAGCAGGAUAUAAGUGCAAAAGCCAACCAGCCAGAUGGACAGUCACAGUUAAGUGGAGACAGCCGGACAGAAAGUUGCGCCCAACUUCCCUCCCCCUCUACGAGCCCUCGUCUCCUCCUGCAGCUCCUGCCCACCUGCCAUGCCCGGGGGGUCCUCUCCGUGUUAUGGAACGUGUGACGCUUAGCGAGGAGGAUGAGCCCUCUCCGCUCGUGUACCGUGUGGAGCGGCCCGUCUACGACGAGGCCUUCCUCGACACCCAGCUUCUGCAUCACAGGGUCAGGAGCCCCAAGACCCUCCAGAAGAGGCUGGCGCAGCAUGUCAGGUGUUCGUCUGAAAGGGCCAAAGCCAUUGCUCUGAGUUUCCUUCCCAUCCUUACAUGGCUGCCGUCUUAUCCAGUCAAGGAGUACCUCUUUGGCGACGUGGUUUCAGGCAUCAGCACAGGGGUCAUGCAACUUCCUCAAGGUCUUGCCUAUGCGAUGCUGGCUGCUGUGCCCCCUGUGUAUGGCCUCUACUCCUCCUUCUACCCUGUCCUGCUGUAUACCUUCUUUGGGACCUCCAGACAUGUAUCCAUAGGCACGUUUGCAGUGAUCAGCCUGAUGAUCGGCGGCGUGGUGUUGAGGGAGGCCCCAGACUCCAUGUUCACCAUGCAGGCCCUGAACGGGACCAACGGCACCCUGGUGGACACUGAGGCCCGGGACACCAGGAGGGUGGAGCUGGCCGUGGUCCUCACCACCCUGGUGGGAAUCAUCCAGCUGGUGUUUGGGCUGCUCCGGUUCGGCUUUGUGGCCAUCUACCUGACGGAGCCUCUGGUCCGAGGCUUCACCACCGCCGCAGCCGUCCACGUCUGUGUGUCCCAGCUCAAAUACCUGCUGGGCGUGAAGACCCCCCGCUUCAGCGGGCCCUUCUCAGCCCUCUAUAGCUUGAGGGCCGUGGUGAGUGACAUCACCAGCACCAACGUCACCACGCUCACCGUGGGCCUGGUGUGCGUCGUGUUCCUGUACGGGGUCAAGGUCGUCAACGAGCGCUUCAAGAGCAAGCUGCCCGUCCCCAUCCCCGGGGAGAUCAUCGUGGUCAUCGUCUCCACCGGCCUCUCCUACGGCCUCAGCCUAUCAGAGGGCUACCUGGUCGACGUGGUCGGGAAGAUCCCCACAGGGCUCCUCCCUCCGGCGGUCCCCACUUUCUCCCUUCUACCAAACUUGGUCACGGAUUCCUUCGCCAUAGCCAUCGUGGGCUUCUCCAUGGGGAUCUCUCUGGCCAAGACCUUUGCCCUGAAGCAUGGCUACAGCGUGGAUGGCAACCAGGAGCUGAUCGCCCUGGGGAUAUGCAACUUUGUCAGCUCCUUCUUCCACACCUUCGCCAUCACCUGUUCUAUGUCUCGCAGCCUGGUGCAGGAGAGUACUGGGGGCAAGACGCAGAUAGCUGGUCUGCUUGCUUCACUGGUGGUGUUGCUGGUGGUUGUGGCCAUUGGGUUUGUCUUCCAGCCCCUGCCACAGACGGUGCUGGCUGCCAUCAUCAUGGUGAAUCUGCUGGGCAUGUUCAAACAGCUGAGGGACAUUCCAGUCCUGUGGAGAACCAGCAAGAUUGAGCUGGCUAUCUGGAUUGUUUCCUUUGUAGCUUCUGUCCUGUUGGGACUAGAUUAUGGCCUGCUCGUGGCUGUAGGAUUUGCAAUACUGACCGUCAUCUACAGAACACAAAGCCCAAAGACUCUGAUCCUGGGACAGGUGUCCGACACGGGGCUGUACUGCGAUGUGGACGAGUAUGAAGAGGCAACAGAAUGCAAGGGGAUCAAAAUCUUCCACUCCAACUCCUCGAUCUAUUUUGCAAACAGCGACCUUUACGUGAAUGCCCUCAAACGGAAGACAGGAGUUGACCCCACUCAGCUUCAGGCUGCAAGAAAACUCCAGAAAAAAAGAUUUAAGAAAGAGAAAGCUGAGAGGGACAAACUGAACCAGAAGUCGCCCCAGAAGAUGAAUGCUGUGGUCAAACUGGACUUGGAGCAAGGCGUGACCCACGAGGUUGUGGGUGGAGGCGUGUCCCAGACCCACCUGAACCUGCUGGGGAAUGGGCAGACAGCCGAGGCCAGCACAGAGGAGUCCGACUCCGAGGUGGUCAGCUUCUUGCAGCCCCUCAGCCCUGUCCGCUCCAUCAUCCUGGACUGGACCCCGGUCAACUUCAUCGACUCUGUGGGAGCCAAAGUCAUCAGAUUGCUGGUGAAGGAGUACGCAGCUGUGGACAUCCAGGUGCUGCUUGCUGGAUGCAGCAGAACUCUGCUCGCUGAACUCCGCAGCCUGCAGUUUUUCAGUGGGGUUGUGACCCCGGAGAUGGUCUUUCCCACGGUCCAUGAUGCAGUGCUCCACUGUCAGUGUCACACCGUCCCACAUGUCAACCACACUGUCCAAUGACGCUCCCCACACAAGAUGGCUUUAGAGUGGGCAGUCAUAUCAGGGCGGAGGUGUAGGGGAGGCAUGGAAGCUGUCUGGCCGAGCACAGGGGGGGGGAGGUGGGUGGGUGGGUAACAGGUGGUCCCUGUUCAGAUCUUUAACCAUCACACAGGAGACACUGUAGACUGACUGCUAUUCCACAAGUGCAAUUUUUUUUUUUUUUUUAUAAAAGAUGGCGAUGUAUAUUUGAUGAAAGAUUGGUGUAGUUUGGUUUUAUUGCUAACAUUCCUGCAGUCUGAGUGCAGUUCUAUUGAGGCUUUUGUUUGUCGAAAGGAUUGUAUUAGCUUUUUUAGAAUUCCAUUGCACUUUUCUAGGUUUACAUCACAUCACAGGUUCAGAGGAAGAAAUAGAGUACUGUGUUCAGUCCAGUUUUAGUAUGGAUUGCUGGAGGACUUUACAGGCACUGAGGGACAGUUACAGCCUUAACAUAAUCCUGCAGACAAGUUACUGUGUUGUAUGGGCCUCUGUUACACAUUGGAGAGAUCUAGAAGCCUGUCUUUAUUUCACUGCUGAAAUCCUAGUGAAUGCCAGGACUUUACCAUCACCAUGUGAGUACAAGCACAAAGGGUUGUUUAAAAGUGCAAAAAGUGCUCACUUUGCAAUUGUCACAACUACAUAAAAAAAAAAAACAUUCUAUUGUCUGUCGAAAUGUUACUCAUAGUAAUAUAAAAGACUGUAUAAGCGAGACCAGUCAUUAUACCAGCAUUGCAUCUAGUGAUUCAAAUCAUAUGAGUGCUCUUAAGUUCAUAUUAUGCUGUAUUGUUACUUGUCAAAUGUCUGUAAUAUCUGAUGACCCAAGCUCUAUAAUAAAUAUUGUUUUUGUAACAUC